AGAUGUUGUGCAAUGGAGGCUGUAUCUAGUUUCCGGGAAGGAUACUAUCGUUUGUUUCUCGCUGGAUUUACAUGAAGGAGAGCAAAACAAGACCAGUUGAAUAAACCAGCCGUCGGAUCAGAUGUCAAACAUACACACGGAGCUAGAGAUUGAAUCCAAACAUCAUAAUGUCCAGAGACAACAAAAUAGACAACUGUAAUGAGGAACACAAAUUCAGUGAGCUCAAACUGAGUGAUGAAUGUUUAGCACGCCAGCCUGAUGAAGUGUUUGAUAUUAUUUGUAAAAUUGGACGAGGGUCCUAUGGCAGUGUGUACAAGGCUUUACACAAGGAAUCUGGGUCUGUAUUGGCCAUUAAAAAAGUACCUGUGGACACAGACCUCCAAGAAAUUAUAAAAGAGAUAUCCAUAAUGCAACAGUGUGAUAGUCAAUUCAUUGUGAAGUAUUAUGGUAGCUACUUCAAGAACACAGAUCUUCUGAUUGUCAUGGAAUAUUGUGGUGCUGGUUCUGUUUCUGACAUAAUGCGGUUACGGAACAAAACUUUGAAUGAACUCGAAAUUGCCACAAUAUUAUCAUACACAUUAAAAGGAUUGGAUUACCUACAUUCAAGACGAAAAAUACACAGAGAUAUUAAAGCUGGAAAUAUACUAUUAAACAAUGAAGGCCAAGCUAAACUUGCUGAUUUUGGUGUUGCUGGUCAGUUAACUGACACUAUGGCUAAAAGAAAUACGGUUAUUGGAACGCCAUACUGGAUGGCUCCUGAAGUUAUUCAAGAAAUUGGUUAUGAUUGUGUUGCUGAUAUAUGGAGUUUAGGAAUAACUGCUUUGGAAAUGGCUGAGGGGAAACCACCUUAUGGAGAUAUUCACCCCAUGCGAGCAAUAUUCAUGAUUCCUACCAAACCACCGCCAUCAUUUCGUAAUCCUGAUAAAUGGUCGCCUGAGUUUAUAGAUUUUGUGUCAAAAUGUUUGGUGAAAAAUCCUGAACAGAGAGCAAUGGCUGGUGAUUUGUUGAAGCAUGAAUUUAUAAAAAGUUGUGAUCCACAUACCAUUCUGCAAAAAAUGAUACUAGAAGCUCGUGAAAUACAAGAAUCUCAGCAAUCACAUUUAAUAAAUGAAGAUGAAUCAGGGGAAGAUGAUUAUUUAGACAAUGGUACAAUGGUUCGAAGCAGCAGUGGGGAUAAUGCACGUACAGAUAACUCAGGGACAAUGAAGGCAUCAAAUGAUGGUACGUUAGUGGAGAGCACAAGUGGUACUGUGAUAGUGAACAGCGAGGCUAGUACUUUAGUGGAGUCAGAGCUUGGUACAAUGGUGAUUAAUGAAGACACUGAUGAGGAAGAGAAUUCUACUAUGAAAAGCCAUAAUACAUCAACUGCCAACAAGAACAAGUACCGUCCAGCAUACCUUGACCAUUUUGAGAAAAAAGAACAAGAAGAGAAGAAUAGAGUGAGUGGUCAGCUAAAGUCUCAACGAGAACAACAGCAGAGUCACUCAGCAGUUUCUCCAUCAUCAAAUCCAACUCCACAGAAACAGGCAAUACCACCACACCGUUUUCAGCGAUCUUUUAUUGAUGGUGAUUAUGAAUUUGCAAGUUAUUUGCGUACGCUCCCUUAUGAUGAAUUGGAAAAGCGAUUGCGGAAUUUAGAUCCUGAAAUGGAACGGGAAAUUGAAGAAUUGCGUGCACGCUAUCAAGCUAAACGUCAGCCCAUUCUUGAGGCAAUUGAUGCGAAGAAAAAACGGCAACAGAAGUUUUGAAUUUAAUUAUUGCAUAUCACAUUUAGUAGAUGCCACCCAAUGCCAUGUAUUCUAUUUGUCAUUGGAAAACUCUCAAUAUAGACUUAAUUGAAAUUUUUCUGACAUGCUCUGUUAAAAAUUAUGACAGAAGCAUAGAACCACUCAUAGCAUACAUACAUGAAUGAUAUGUCAGCAAUUAUCUCUACAUAUGCAUACAUGUCCUGCAUGGAUUAUGUUAUUGAGGGCAGCCUUCUAAGAGCUACCUUGUAUAUACAUUUAUAUAUACACUCCAUAUACUCUGAGUACAUGGUUAAAAGCUUGGUCCAGUUUUUAGCUGUGGGUAUUACCAAAUUCAUUUAGUAACUCCCGCACCUUUAUUAUUAUUAUUAUUAUUUUUAUUAAUAUUAUUAUUAUUAUUAUUAUUUGUGUGCGUGCGUGCAUGCAUGUAUGUGUGUGUUUACAUGUUUGCAUGUGUGUGUAUAAUUGUUUGCUGUGAACUGGCUUUCAGAAUGAUUUUCAGGCUGCAAUUUACACCUCAGCCAUUUGUAUUUCUAGAACAUAUGAGUUGGAGGGCUCUGAUUUUUUUUUUUUUUUUUUUUUUACUUUUAAUUUUUUUUAAAAGUAGAAAAAACUAAAUUACAUUUCUAAAAAUA